AGUAAAAUAUGGAACGUCUGCACCCUACCAAGCAAGCAUAAAUCAAUGAGAAUAAAUAAUUUAAGAAUAGAUUGUAAACAAUUAAUUUGCUUUGGGUACAUUUAAGGAAACCUGAAUGUACGGUCAUUUUUUUUAAGCUUUAACAAAUCGUUGCACACACUAUACUAUAAAUUACACUUUUUUAUGCAAAUCAUGCUUAAUCACACCUGCUAGGAGUAGUGUAGCGUUGUGUUCGUAUUAAAAUUGUUUAUUUUUUUAUGUUGUUUUGUUGUUAAUACGAUUAUAAUAAAAGAAAGAGAGGGAGAUUGCGUGCGUCUGUGUGUAUACGUUUUUACUUUAAGUUAGAAAAUGUGUAUGUGCGUGUGUUUGCCUAAACAAUCUAAAGAGGUAUAGAGAGAGAGUCUAUAAGUUACUGCUGCGCAACAGAGAAUAAUAAUAACAACAACAACGAUAAUGAUGAAGGGAGGCAUAAAUAGAUAAGGAGAGAAAAAAUAUGUUAAAAACGAAUAAAAAAAUAUGUUAAAAAGCACCAAUAAAAACGCAGCCAAAAUAGACGGUUGUAAUACAUUAUUAAAAAUUCACAAGAGCGGUUUUGCGGCAUUAGAUAUCGCAUGCAAGAAUAAAUAGUAAAAAAAAAGAAAGGAAAAAUCAUUUAAUACAUAUAUAUAAUUUAUUUUAAGCUGCAAUAAGAAAAGUUUACGAUUGUUAGCUGCUUUUUUUAUAUUACUAUUUUCUAUGGCUAGCCAGCCAGCCAGAGCAGACGUUUUGCUUUUGCCUUCAUGUUAUUAUACGACACGCAGCAGACGUCAAAAAGGGAUUGAAUUGCAUGCAUGAAAACAUUUGCUUCAUGUAAAGCAAUAUUAAAGAAAAAAAAAAUUAAAAUUAAAUAAACAGUUUUCUUUUUAAAAAAAUGUAAGCAGCUUAAGCAGUGAAUUGUGAAACGAAUUUAAUAUAAUUGUGCCGUCAAACAAAAACAAGGGAAAAAAGUAAUAAAAUAAUUAAAACGUAUUGAAGUUUAGAUCGAAGUGCGUAUUCAAGUUUGUAUAUAUUGGUCAGAAAAACUUUUUCAAAAACGUAGUGCGUAGAUAAUAAAAAUUUUUCUAUAGUGUAGUAAAUAAAGCAAAUAAUACAUUAAACGCAUAUACGUGCAACGUUUUGGGUAAAUCGAUGAAUGAAUGAAUGAAUAUGACUAUGAGUAAAAUAUUGUGAAAUGGUGCCGCAUAGAGCGACCUGCCCUUUUUUUAGAGCAAAAAAAAAAUCUGUUUAUUGGUAUCUAUAUAAAAUUUGUAUAUAUGUAAAAUUUUUAAAUCCUCUUUUCAAAGAAUAUAGAAUUUCUAUAUAUACACAGAGAAAGUGUAGGAGUUCAAAACUAUUCUAUACGGUAGUGGGAUGAACAUCUAACGGAUUAAAAUCUGUUUUCAUUUCGAUUCAUUGGAAAAUGUAUACGAAACAAACAGAAAUUUAUUUAAAAAUGCGUCAUUCAUUUUUUUAUACGCACUGAAGCAAUCACACAGUUAACAAGCAGUUAUACAUUUGUUUUGUUGUUUUUCUACAAAAAAUUAUAACGGCGUAAAUUAUUGCGAAAUGUUAAAACAAUGGCUUUCAUUGCCAAUGUGUAUAAUUGCAUGGACAUUGAUAUUGGACCAGUAGUUAAUAACUUAAUGGUAAAGAAACGUAAAUUAUAUUUGUAUAAACGUUUUAAAAUGAAUAAAACCGACGAGACGAUCACUACCGGAGUCAAUAAUGAAUACGAAAUCAACGCCACGAAUCAAACGUCAGUCAUAAAGUUUCCAUCACAAAUAAAAUCCGAAUUAACUGUUAUUGAUGAGCAAACAAUGAGUAACGAUACAUCACUGUACUGUAAACGGACCGUUAAUCCUUGUAACAUGUGCGGAUCAAUAACCUGUAAAUAUCCCAAACAGCAGAAAAAACAACAACAGCAACAACACCAUGGUAUUUUUACUGCUAAGAACAGGCAUACAUAUUGCAACAUGUCCAAAGCAAAACAAAUGAAUUGCUCAUGUAAACAUAACUGCCGUAGAAAAUCAUUAUCGUAUGAAUUAAGCCAAAUCGAAACAAGUACUGAAGCAGAUGAGCAGCAUCAAGAAAGGAACAGUCCUUGGAAUCAUCCGUGUUCAGGUGUUACAGCGAACAAGACAAAUUUCAUGCAACCUGCCCCUCAAACUUUCCAUUAUUCCACCUGUCCUCUACUUUCGUCGCGAACAUCAUCACCAUUGACUCUAUUAUCCAGGCCGUUAUCCAUCGAAUGUGGCUCUAAAGAAAAUCAUUCACUCCAAAUCAAGCAUAAAAAGCCAUUUGGCCACGAUUUAUCGUCGUCAUCUAAAUCCACAUUAAAGAAAAUAAUUUUUUUAGACGAGAGGCAAAACAUCACUACUACAUGUAGCCAAUUCCGAAUAAAUGCUCUUUCUGAAAUGCUGAAGCAUUUAAAUUCCUCGAUUAUAUCGUUAGCAUGCUUUGGCUUCAAUCAAAAGUUUGCAAAGCAAAAAUUACUAAAAGUAGAUACGAAAUGUUAUCACUUGCAGCGUCCACGACGAAAGCGGUCACCAGCGACGCUCGGUACGCAAAUUUUGCAUCAACGAUUGACAAACGCGACAAUAUUGAAUAUGGUUCUAAUGGGUCUAUGGUUCCUGGCAUUGCUAUCGCCAUCCACGCAUGCUUUAGCAUCACUUGAAACGUCCUUGCAAACGUCACCAGUAGCUUUCACAGCACGAUCAGAAACAACAUCGCCGCCAGUGAGAUUGUCGCGCACCGAAACAGUCUGUAAGUCGUUGGAUAUUCGCAAUACACCGGGUGAAUUUCGACAACUUGAGAAUUGUACCGUUAUUGAGGGGUUUCUUCUUAUAACACUGGUCACCACGCAUACAACGAGUGAAUUCACGGAAACGUAUCCACUGCUAACCGAAGUUACCGAAUUUAUAAUCGUGUACCAAAUAGAAAAUUUACGUUCGCUUGCGCAAAUCUUCCCGAAUUUAAGCGUAAUACGUGGACGUAAUUUGUUCGAGGGCUAUGCUUUGAUCGUAUACUCAAAUAUGCAUUUAGAAGAGUUAGGUUUGUCUAAAUUAACAACAAUAUCGCGCGGUGGCGUACGCAUCGAAAAAAAUGUUAUGCUGUGCUUUGUCAAAACGAUUGAUUGGUCACAAAUAGUAUCUAAUACUACAGAUAUUGUUAUAGAGGAUAAUCGUGACACUAUUGAGUGCCCUUUAUGUCCAGGAGAUCAGAAGAGUAGUGUGAGCGAUAAUACUCUUAACGAGUUAAUUUGCAAAGAGCAUCAUGGUAGUCGUAAUUGUUGGAAUAGUAAUACAUGUCAGAAAAUUUGCCCUGAACGUUGUCGGCACAAUUGCCUUGAUGAAAAUACUUGUUGCAAUGACUCCUGUUUGGGUGGUUGUUCUUCAGAUAAUUUCAACGAAUGUAUUAUAUGUCGCAAUUUUUCUAUAUACAAUAAUACUUGUAUAGACAAGUGCCCCGAAAAUUAUUACAGUUAUCUAGAUCGACGCUGUCUAACAGCCGAAUCGUGCAGCCGUAUUGGCACCAAGUAUGAAAACAAUAAACCUGAAACAUUGGUGCCUUACAAAGGCCGUUGUUCUACACGUUGUCCAGAGGGUUAUAGCAAAAUUAAUCUAACUUGUACCGAAUGUGGUGACAAAUGCCUUAAAAAAUGUGUUGGUGGCCAAAUAGACAGCGUGGCUCGUGCUAAAGAAUAUCAUGGUUGUACGCACAUUAUUGAUGAGGGUUUGACGAUAGUCAUUAAAAGAGGUGGACGUCAUUUAAUCGAAGAUUUAGAAUACAGUUUGGCUUCUAUAGAAGUUAUUACAACCUAUUUAAAGGUUCAGGGAACGUAUGGAAUGCUAAAUCUAAGGUUUUUCAAAAAUUUGAAAACUAUAAAAGGCGAAAGACUCGUGGAAGACAAAUAUGCAUUUUAUGUACUGGAGAACACCGAUAUGGAAAGUAUAUGGGCAACUAAUCAAACCGUUCGCAUUGAAGCUGGGACGGUUUAUUUUCACUUCAACCCGAAAUUGUGUUUAACCGAAAUUGAAACGCUUUUGCCUAUGCUUAAAAAUCAAACGAAAUUCGACAAGAAUGAGGUUUCUGAAGAUUCAAAUGGUUCACGAGGAUCAUGUAACACAACAUUCUUGAAUGUUACGCUUACUACAAUAAAUUCACAAUUUGCCAUCGUUGAGAUAUUAAAUCCUAUGAAAUUUGAAGAUGAGCGUACAUUCAUCGGUUAUCAGUAUUUGCAUAUUGAAGAUAAUUUUGGCAAUGCCACCAAGCACGGAUUUCGUCCGUGUGAUGAUGGAUGGACAAUUAGCUUGCCGACCAAAGAGACUCGUUAUUUUUUUCUUAAUCUGAACCCUUUCACGCAAUAUGCUUACUAUGUGAAGACGAUGACUAUAUCAACUGAACGACGCAAUGCCCAAAGUCCAGUGCAACGUUUUAUAACUAAAUCGGAUCAACCUAAGUUUGUUAAUAAAUUGCAAGCUUAUCCCAAUUCCAGCUCAGAAAUUGUUAUGACUUGGUUGCCGCCUACAUCGGCAAAUGGCCAAUUGAAAAUGUACAAGAUACGCGCAGUAUUAGUUCGAAUUCAAAACUCUGAGUCCAGAAACUAUUGCAAAGAUCCUCUGAAGGAGAUUAAAAUUGAAAACCCAAAAAUUGAGAGUCCGCGAACAGAAAAGCCUCCAAUAUCCGAGGGUUGUAAAUGCCCUAAGCCUAAGGACUCUGUAUACGAUGACGAAAAUGCUGAUGCAAAUAUACAUGCUAGUAUCGAGUUGGAGAACACCCUCCAGAAUUUUAUAUACGUAAAGUAAGUGCAAAAUAGAAAAUAAACUACGUUUAGCUUAAACCGAACAGUGGUUUUGCUCCAAAUUAUAUA